UUGCGGAGUGAGCCGGGCGCGCGGCGCGCAGGCGCCCUGGGGACCCGGUAGCGGCGGCGGCGGCGGCGGCGGCGGCGGCGGCGGCGGCGGCGGCAGUGGCGGCAGUGGCUGCGGCGGCGGCAGCGGCAGAGGCUAAGGGAGCCGGAUUGCCGACCCUAGCGGGAGGCGGCGGUAGCAGCCAUGGCGGCAGAUGGAGAGCGUUCCCCGCUGCUGUCCGAGCCUAUCGACGGUGGCGCGGGCGGCAACGGUUUAGUGGGGCCAGGCGGGAGUGGGGCUGGGCCCGGGGGAGGCCUGACCCCCUCCGCACCACCGUACGGAGCCGCAUUUCCCCCGUUCCCCGAGGGGCAUCCAGCCGUGUUGCCUGGGGAGGACCCACCCCCCUACUCACCCUUGACCAGCCCAGACAGUGGGAGUGCCCCUAUGAUCACCUGCCGAGUCUGCCAAUCUCUCAUCAACGUGGAAGGCAAGAUGCAUCAGCAUGUAGUCAAAUGUGGUGUCUGCAAUGAAGCCACCCCAAUCAAGAAUGCACCCCCAGGGAAAAAAUAUGUUCGAUGCCCCUGUAACUGUCUCCUUAUCUGCAAAGUGACAUCCCAACGGAUUGCCUGCCCCCGGCCCUACUGCAAAAGAAUCAUCAACCUGGGGCCUGUGCAUCCCGGACCUCUGAGUCCCGAACCACAACCCAUGGGCGUCAGGGUUAUCUGUGGACAUUGCAAAAAUACUUUUCUGUGGACAGAGUUCACAGACCGCACCUUGGCACGUUGUCCUCACUGUAGGAAAGUGUCAUCUAUUGGGCGCAGAUACCCACGUAAGAGAUGUAUCUGCUGCUUCUUGCUUGGCUUGCUUUUGGCAGUCACUGCCACUGGCCUUGCUUUUGGCACAUGGAAGCAUGCACGGCGAUAUGGAGGCAUCUAUGCCGCCUGGGCAUUUGUCAUCCUGUUGGCUGUGCUGUGUUUGGGCCGGGCCCUUUAUUGGGCCUGUAUGAAGGUCAGCCACCCUGUCCAGAACUUCUCCUGAGCCUGAUGACCCACAAGACUGUGCUUGGCCCCUCCCUGGUGGGGACAGUGACACUACAAAGGGAGCUGGGGUAGUAAAAGGCUCCCUGGGCUUCUAUAAGGAAGCCAAGCAGCUGCCUUUCUUUUCCCUGGGGAGAGGUAGGAAGGAACCAGGCCCUCACUUAGGUUUGGAGGGGCAGGUAAGACCACUGCUGACCAUCUGCUUUCCUCCAAGGGUUGCUGUGUCUAGGGUGAAGUAGGCAGAUGUUGCCCUUAAAACUGGGUCCUAAAGACGGUUCCAGCCUUGUCCUUCCUGUGUGCUCCCUGAGAGCCAUUCCUGUCCCUUAUACAUUCCAGGGCAGGGUGGGGGUGGGUAGCCCUGGGGGUUCCCCUCCUUCUUGUGCACCAUUGGGACUUUGCUGCUGCUAUUGCACUUCACCAGGGGUUGGCUCUGGCCUCAAAACCCUCAGUCUCCUCUCCCCACAUUGUGUCCUGUGGGGGUGGGGUCAGCCGCUGCUCUGUACAGAACCACAGGAACUGAUGUAUAUAUAACUAUUUAAUGUGGGAUACGUUCCCCUAUUCCUGAAUUUUCCCUAAUUCCUCCUUCCAACCUUUUUUACCCCCCAGUUGCAGUAUUUUAACUGGGCUGGGUAGGGUUGCUCUGUCUUUGGGGAGGUUAGGGACUUAUCCUGUGCUUGUAAAUAAAUAAGGUCAUGACUCUA